AACUUACACCCUUUUAUCAUGGCUUGCAAGCUGUGACAGAAACAAUACUGAAGGACAUUCUAGGCGAAACCGACAUUAGAGCGCGUUUUUAGUCGUAAUUGUCACAUGCGCCUUUUCCAACAUCUACCGUUGCAGUUAGCAGAUCAACAACACAAACAUACUUCACGGAAAUUCCCCCGGAAUCGUGAUAGCGAUUACGCAGACAGCUCUCUUUCUCAGAAACGAGACCGAGGUCGCCUACUCGCUAGCUCACUUGGACCCUUGGGCGAGCUACUUCGCCUCUACUGUCCUGUGUCAGCCGCUUGUGGCGAAUCUUGUCAACAUUCAGCUCUGUGGUGAUGGAGUGUGUCAAGUUGGUGUCCUUGGUUCUUAUUGUUUUAUGCUGCACCUCCACCUGUUUUGGGGCAGAGCGGGUGUACUACAUAGCUUGUUCUGAGGAGGUAUGGGACUAUGCCCCUGGGGGUGAUGACUUAGUCAAUCCUGUCGGAUAUGGCCAGGAGAGUUCUGCGUCGGUGUUCCUCAAUCAAAGCUCAAACCGGAUUGGUCAUAAAUACAAGAAGGCGAUAUACAGGGAGUAUACCGACAGUACGUACACCAUAGAGAAACCGAAACCGGUUUGGCUGGGCUCCAUGGGACCGGUUCUUAAGGCCGAGACAGGGGACACAAUUGUCGUGCACUUCAGAAACAAUGCAACCAGGACGUUCUCCAUGCAUCCCCACGGCGUUCACUAUGAUAAGGCCCACGAAGGUGCACUCUAUGCUGAUGGAACUCACGACCAAGCCGGUGCGACAGAUAUUGUUCCUCCCAGACAAAGCCACACCUACAACUGGACCGUGCCUCACGAGUCCAGUCCGGCUGAAGGAGACCCGGACUGUUUGACCUGGGUGUACCAUUCUCAUGUGUCACCGGUUGAAGAUAUCUCAUCGGGACUGGUUGGAUUUCUCCUGACCUGUCGAAAUGGCACUCUCGAGAGAUGGGAAAGGACGCGCCUUUACGCCGUUUUCGUCAGCGUCUUUGAUGAGAAUCUCAGCUGGUACCUCGACGAUAAUAUCAAGUCUUACACCACCGGGAUUGUUGAUAAAGACGACGAGGACUUUCAGGAGAGCAACAAGAUGCACGCCAUCAAUGGUUACGUGUACGGCCACCUACCGGGACUCUCUGCCUGUGUAGGGGAGACAAUUCACUGGCAUAUGGCAUCAUUGGGGACUGAAACAGAUGUCCACGCUCUCUCCGUCAGCGGACAUUCUUUUAAAUAUUUUAACCACAGGCAAGACUCGAUUCGUCUGACCGUUGCGCACUUUUUGACGGCCGAGAUGACCGCGUUGACCCGAGGGAAGUGGUUAAUGAGGUGCCAAGUCAACGAUCAUAUCAGCGCUGGAAUGGAAGCCUUCCUGACAGUCGACCACUGUAACGCUUUCCCACGUGUUGACAUCCGUGUCGACAACAUACGACGUUACUACAUAACUGCUGAGGAAGAGAUGUGGGACUACGCCCCGUCCGGCAGGAAUAAAUAUGACGGCGGCGACCUGACAGAGGAGGGGAGUGAUUCAGAAGUGUUCUUCAAGAAGGACUCCUCGCAUAUUGGCGGCGUUUACAAGAAAGCGCUGUUCAAGGAGUACACCGACUGCAUGUUUAACAAGCAGAAGACACGGGACGUCAACGAGGCGCACCUGGGUUUCUUGGGCCCUGUGAUCAGGGCCGAGGUCGGCGACCUGGUCAAGGUCGUUUUCUACAACAAAGCCUCUCGCGCCUACUCCAUCCAUCCCCACGGCGUGCAACACAGCAAACUGAGUGAAGGCUCCCUCUACAACGACGGCAUCUACGGGAAGUACGAUGACUAUGUGUUACCCAAGAGAAUCCGCACCUAUUACUGGACAAUACCGGAAGAGAUGGGACCCACCCCGGAAGACCCGCCAUGUUUGACUCGAAUAUACACUUCCGGCGUUGACGUAAUUAAAGACUCCUACAGCGGCUUGGUCGGCCCAAUGCUGAUAUGCAGAAAAGGGUCUUUGGAUGAAAGUGGGAAUCAGAUCAAUGUGACAAAGGAUUUCUUUCUGAUGUUUUCUGUGAGCGACGAGAACAAGUCGUGGUAUUUGGAAGAGAGUAUGAACAUUAGCGCCGUCAACCCUUCCACGGACAGAGAUGGGGAUGAGUUCAUAGAAUCCAACCUGAUGCACGGAAUAAAUGGGCGCUUAUACGGCAAUCUGGACGGCCUUGACAUGUGUUCUGGGGGCAUGGUCCGAUGGCACGUGUUUAGCGUGGGGACAGAGGUUGACCUUCACACUUUGACCUUCAACGGUGACAAUUUCAUGAAUGGCGACAACCAGAAGUCGGCAUCCGAUGUACUUCCGGGAUCCAUGAAGACUCUCAACAUGAUCCCAAGACACCCAGGUUCGUGGGGCCUGGUUUGUCGGACGAACGACCACUACACCGCGGGCACCAAGGCUAUUUACAACGUCAUGCGCUGUGGAGAUGCUGCUGAUCCACAUACGUCACUUCCGCUGGCUGGAAAAGUAGUCCGGAAGUUCAUACAAGUAAUGGAGAUACCAUGGGAUUACAUUCCCGAAGGAAAGGACAUGAUUCAGAACGAACCGUUUACAAAGGAAGGAAGCCAUGGUGCAACGUUCGUAAGCGAGAGCGACACAACAAUAGGUGGCACAUACAUCAAGGCCCAGUAUCAGGAGUACACGGAUGACACUUUCAGCAUCCCUGUGAGGCGAGCAGUUGAUGAGGAAUACCUUGGUCUUCUUGGUCCAAUCAUACGCCUGGAGGUAGGAGACGUACUGGAGAUAGUGUUCAAAAACGGCGCCACUAAACAAAACUACACCAUCAGAGCGCACGGACUUCACUACAACAGCAACGAUGGCAGCUUCAGCGCCUCGGAUCAGCCAAAUGUUCCACCGAUGGGCGUGAGAACGUUUACUUGGAAUGUCACGGAAUCAGACGGACCUGGGCCGAGUGAUCCCGAAUGUGUGGCACGUAUAUACUACUCUGAUGUGAAUCCUGUGAUGGAUGUGAACUCCGGUCUUGUUGGGCCUCUCGUUGUGUGCAGGAAAGGAGCUUUAAAACUAGAAAGAGGCAAACGAAUCCGGAGGAAUGUUGAUGCUGACUUUGCCCUGUAUUUCUCCGUGAUUGAUGAAAAUCAGAGUUGGUAUUUGGAUCAGAACAUUUUGAAUUUCGCGGGGAACGCCUCGGCGGUGAACAAAGACGACGAGGGGUUUAUUGAAAGCAACCUCAUGCAUGCAAUCAACGGCUACCUGUACGGCAACCACCGACCUCCACACAUGACGGAGGGUCAGACGGUGGACUGGUACCUCCUGACUCUCGGCACAGAGGUGGACAUGCAUUCAGUGCAUUUCCACGGCAACGACAUCACACAUUUUGAAGACAAGCCUCAUACAAAUGACGUCAUCCAGCUGUUCCCCAGCGUGUUCGCUUCGGUUCGCAUGCACGCGGUUAAUGUCGGGAAGUGGCUGUACCACUGCCAUGUUCAUGAUCACAUCCACGCCGGAAUGAUGGGCAUGUAUGAAAUAGGUGCUAGUUUGGGUGCUAUUGGAAGUUCAAAAUAACAAGCAUAUACUGGAUGGUAUGGGAACAUAUGGAAUGGCGGGGCGAGGGCGAGGGCGAGGGCGAGGAUGCAGUGGGAGUUUCGAAUAAGCCCCUAGCAACCUAUGCUGGAGUUGUUAGAUCAUGUUGUCAGCUGCAAACUCGGUGAAUUGGAUAUUUGCAUGUCACCGUGCCCCGAUGGCGUGGAUUGAUGCUCAUACUAUCACAUCACUCUAGCUUGGUAACGGUGUAGGAAUCUACAUCGAAACGUCGCUGUAUACAGAAAAUCAGAAGUUGUUAUCCAUAAAGUUCGUCACUGGAUUGUCUGGUCCAGAGUCGAUUAUGUUCAGGGGCCAUACAGCUGGAAUAUUGAUUUUGGCGUUAAACAAACAUACAAAGCAACAUUCGGUGAUUUUUGGGAGCCUCUUAAAUGCCUUUAUUUUUAUUGUAAUAUUUUGUUGAAACCAUGCCAUUUCAAAAUAAACCAGAAACUCUUUUAUUUCUCGGUAUAGAUAUCAACUCGCCUACACCAAAGAGAUUCUGACCUGUGAUACCUUUAUUUUGUAAAUGUUUUUUCCAAUGUUGAUACGAUGUUAAGGAUACUGAGUAUGGACAAGUCUGGGAGUUUCUAAGAACUAUUCAUUGUAAACCAUGCUGAAUGUGUUCGUCGAAUUAGGAUGUUCCAUUAUGGAUAUUUUAUUUUUUUAAUCCGUACACAUGUACUUGUCUGUAUCUGUUACCUUGUUAUGCAAAAAUGGUUCUAUACAUAGUUUUAUCUUUAAAUAAAAUAAUUGUUCAAAA